UGAGGACAUUUUCCUAAUCCCCUUCUGCCCCUCCUUUGUAAACACUCUUCACUUUGUCCGGGUCGCUCAUGCUCAUGCUUUUUCCUGCAUCUCUCUCUCUCUUUCUCUCUGUUACAAUGUGCUUCAGAUGGGAGGAAAACAUAGAGAACAAGAGUUAGGACUGUGGAUUUCUUAUGAUCUUAAAGAGACUUGUGCCUCACGUGGCGAGUGAGGCCUCAUGGUCGGAGCAUGCCAUGUGCUAGGGCGCUGAGGCAGUGGGAGAUCAGACCUACGUCUGCUCUGCGGGGGAUCAGGCGCUCCAGGGCCCUCAUGUGGCUCCGGAUACAGGGACUGGUCCGGGCCCUCCGGCAGGGUGGGAGAUACCCAGUGAACUACAAUGACCCGGCAGCAGAGGAACAGGAGAUGAUUUGCCUUGAGCCCAUGGGAUCAGAGCGGAUGGAGAUGCGAAAGAGGCAGAUGUCGGUGCAGCAGGAGUCGGCAGCGGGAGAAACUGCACCAUCCCAGCAGGACCAGCAGGACCAGCAGGACCAGCCGGGCCAGCCGGGCCAGGCUAACCCACGGGGAUCAAAUGCAUGUUGCUUCUGUUGGUGCUGCUGCUGUAGCUGCUCCUGGAAUGAAGACCGGGAUGAAAGGAACCGAAAGGCUUCUUAUGACGUCAAGGAGGGGACCUCAGACUGUGAAGACUGCCCGAUGCCCACGCUGGAGGAGGUGCACUCGUGGGGGCAGUCCUUCGAUAAGCUAAUGUGUUGCCCAGCGGGGAGGAACUCCUUCCGACAGUUUCUUCGCACCGAAUUCAGCGAGGAGAACAUGCUUUUCUGGUUAGCCUGCGAGGAGUUCAGCAAAGAUGCCAAUAAGACCCCAGUAGAGGAGAGAGCUCGGGCCAUCUAUGAGGACUACAUCUCCAUCCUUUCGCCUAAAGAGGUGAGCCUUGACUCCCGUGUGCGUGAAACGAUCAACAGGAACAUACAGGAACCCAACUUGCAAACCUUUGAAGACGCCCAGGUGCAGAUCUACACACUAAUGCAAAGAGACUCGUAUCCUCGCUACAUGAACUCCUCAGCCUACAAAAACCUGCUCAACACUCUGUCAGAGCAGUCCCCCGAAUCUUAGGGUGGUGAUGACCUGUGAUAUUUUAACUCUCUUUACCCCCCCCCCCCCCCUAUCCCCCUUUUUUUCAAAUGUUUCUUUGUAUGUUCAGUGUAGGAUUACAUGAACCGGGCCUCGGGCCUGGCCCCUCCCAGGGAACUCAGCGCUAUUGUGAUCUGCACCUGACCGACGACACUCAGGUCUCAAAAUCUCCCGAGGGCUCGACAUCACAAGUACUGCUACAGAUCAACAUAGCAAAACACUCCAAAGGAAUAUGAAUACAUUUUGUUUCCGUUUUAUUUUUCUUUAUUUUGAUAGAAAUAAUCUAUUUUAUUUGUGUUCAGAGUUUUUUAUGGUCUGUUGUUUUUUUGUAUGAUUGUUUUGGGGGGGGAAAUGAUUCCUACUGUAGACUAUAUAUUUAUGAGUUUGUAAAUAGUACAAAUUGAAUUGUGGGUACUUUAUGUAGAGACGCCUGGUUCUAUUUACUGCGUAUGAAAAUCAAAGCUCAAGUCAAAGGCUACGUGAUAGCUCUACUUGCAGGCAGCUUUGUGGGGUAUUAAUGAUUUUACCUUGGUUUUACCCUGUUUUGUUACAUAAACUCACACUUUGGUACCUGUGACAGCGACUUGGCAACUCCAGUUAGUGUAGAAAGUGUGUGUGGUUGAAACUGCCGUAACAGAAAGGGACGAUAGCUCAAAAUCAAUGAUAGAAGAGUAUUUAUAAAGUAUUAUCUCAGUGCACCUCAUAUAUUUAAUUUAGUUUUACCAGUGUGAACCUAAGCAAUUCUAUUUACCAGAUAAAGUAUUUUUUAUUUAUUGAUAUUUAUUGCCAAUACAGAAAAAUGACAAGUACAGAUUAUAUUGAAGCUCUCUGGUGAAGUCAACGAUAGUGUUGAGCCAUUAUGGUAUCGGUCUGUAAUUGCCUAAUGAUUUCUAGCACGUUUCAGUAAUUUUCUUGAAAGAAUUGCCCCAAUUUGUACCAAAUUGAUUAUUAAUUUAUGAUAUGGUUGGAAACUUUUAAUUUGCUUGAUACAGUUGGAUUGAAAGAUCUGUUCACUAAAUGUAAAGCUACAAUAAGAGACUGCUCAGAAUAAAGACUCAAUACAGGGGUAACAGCUAGCAUUGCUCUGUCUAAAAGUAACUUUAUAACAUAUCUUUUUUUUCUCUAUAUGUUUCCCCUUUCCAGUCUUAUUUAUUGCACAGACAUGAGAGUGGUAUUUACUUCUCAAAAAAAGCAAAUAAGCACAUUUCUUACAAAUAACAGCUUUAAAUUCUACAUAUCUGUACAUUUGUAUAUUUUUUCUAGACAAUUGAUUGACAUAUUUAGCUGACAAUUGUCUGAAGUCAUCCAUUGGAAGUCUAACACCUACUCUAUGUUACCUAUAAGAGUAUACAUAGUUCAUUAUAGGAUUUUUUUUUUAAAAAGAGAGAUUUCUCUAUAAAUUACAGACGGGUAAAAUAAUACGUAAUGUGUGAGGCUGAUCUUUUCUGACAGCAGGAAGAGAUGUCUGCGUAUCAUCCUUCAACAUAUUUACUUAAAAAAGCUCACAUGCAAUAUGAAAACGACUUCAGAUUGAAAUAGGCGCUGGGGUCAACACCAAAGCUACCACAUAAACUGUGUUUUACCAGAGCGUUUCCAUUGGCAAAAAUUGGAGUUGCCAAGUAUUAAAUACUUUUAUGAAUUCUGUUUUUAGUUGGAUUACUUUGUUGCCUCACAAACAUGUCACUCAAAGACAAGAUCCUCACAUGGGGAAGUGCCUUGACAUUCAAUUUUAUGACAUCUUUCUCAUGGGCAACAGAUGUUUUCAGACUCUUACCAGAAGGGGGGUUACUGGAGCAGGAGGCCAGUUUACUGGAUCGACCCUCUCUUUGGCUAAAUUAUUGCAUGUGUUUUGUCUUGAUUUCUUAGUCGUGACAACAUCGGUCCAUUUUAGUAACACUACCCAACACUUUGGUGGAUGGUGAUGAUAACACAUGUCUUUAUUUGCUAAAGAGAUCAAUGGAUAGGGCUGUUUGAGGGGAACUUCUUGCCAACCUGUGUGCUUUGAGGUGGCACUUCUACUUGUCUUAGAGUUAAUUACACUUACUACGUGCAAUUUGAGCUGAUGGAUACACCGUGCAGAUCAACCUCAAAACACAAUCUAAGCCAAUGGUUUGGAGUGAUGCCUAUAAAUGUUGUUUUUUUCUUUUGUUUACUAUAUGAAAUGUGUUAUUUUGCGCCGAGUUUACUGAAGAAUGCAUUUCUAAAAAACUAAUAAUGUGAAUGUUUACAGUAUAUGGUUUAGUUUUUUUUUUCUGCUACUCUCCAAGAAAAUAAAGACUUGUGGGCAUUUUGAUUAAGAUAAAAUAAAGCACAAUAAUUUUA